AUGUCGGCUGCUGUUGAGCAAUUCUACAGUGCAGGCCAUUCAUCUCGUGUCUUGAAUCAUGGCAUGGAUCAAGUCGACAAUUUCGAAGAUAAGAAUCAACAGUUUAUUGAUUUACAAAAUAAUGCACCUCUGCUUCCAACAGCAUCUUCUGUUGCCGUUGCACUAGAUGAGCCUCAGCGAUUGCGAAAUAAUGUUCAAAGACCAACUCCAACAUUGACUGCAUUGUUUACUACACCCUUUCAAUGGGGAUUCAAGUUUUUUUGGGCUAUACUCUCUUAUACUCUGGGUCUUUUUCAAUUUCUUGGACUUGGAGUAAGUGGUCGUCGUAGAACUGUGGGUGGCUCUGGAAUGCAGCGCAACAGAUCCUCUACUGAACGAUCUACAGCCGAGUGUGCAUCUGUACGGUUUAAAGAAGAUUUUGAAUCUCAAUACGGUUCCAAACAUCCGCCAUUUUUUGUUGGAACUUACACCCAGGCACUCAAUACUGCCAAAAGUGAGAUUCGCUAUGCAUUGGUCAUUCUACAAUCUGAUGAGCAUGAUGAUACAGAUAAAUUUAGUCGCGAAACAAUUUCUUCAGACACCUUUAUCAGUUUUGUAUCAGAGAAAAAUCUGCUUGUUUGGGGUGGAAACAUUCAUGAUGCCGAGGCAUUUAAAGUGAGUGCAGUAUUGAAUGCAACGUCUUAUCCGUUUAUGGCAUUGAUAACCUUGCAAGGAUCGCGCAUGGCAGUUGCGCAUCGAUUUGAAGGACUCAUGUCUACAGGUCGCAUCAUAUCUAAACUCCGACGAUUGAUUGAUCGAUUUGAUCCACUACUUGCCGGUGCACGUGCUGACCGAGCAAGUCAUGCUGCAGCGAGAAGUAUCCGACAACAACAAGACGAUGCCUAUCAAGCCUCAUUAUUGGCUGAUCAAGAAAAGGCACGCAAAGCAAAAGAGGAAGAAGAGCAAGCCAAGAAAGCAUUACUUGAACAAGAGCAACAAAGAAUAGCAGGGUUGACGAAAUUAGAGCGACGGAAACAACUGAAAAUUGAGUUGGCAGCUAAUAUGCCGGUUGAACCUGAUGUGGGCGAGCCCAACACCACACGAUUGAGUAUUCGUCUUCCCAGUGGUGAACGGGUGAUUCGCAGAUUCAAAGCGGAUGAUACCAUUCAGAUUCUCUGGAACUUUAUUGAAACGCACGAUCUGAAACCAUUAGAUCUUGAGACCGAGUUUUCAAUCGUGUGUCCAUUUCCUCGACGAGUGUAUCGCAACAUGGACAUGACAAUGGAACAGGCAGGAUUAGUUCCAAGCGCAAGCGUAGUGGUUGAGGAAAUGUUUGAUGAUGGACUCUAA